GCAACUAUGCUCCCUGACGAGGACCGUGACGAUCUUUGCGCGGCCAUAGCCAUGCUGAUCUUGCUUCUGUCGGAGUAUCAGCGCCUCCGUGCACAGGUGGCUGCCAGGCGGCGGCAGUUGCGGGAACAACUGGGGAGGUGGCUACUCCGCCGCAGCAAGCUGCGGGCCGCCCUCUGCCGAACGAGGCUAGCCAUGCUGGCCGCGUAUGGCGACUACGUCCGCGAGACACGCCGCCGCUUCUGGGCCCGGCCGAGGAGCAAGGACUGGUGGGAGAACUUUGUCCUGAAGGAGUGGGACGAUGAGCAAUGGCUGAGCCAUUUCCGCAUGAGCAGGGGCACCUUUUUUGAAAUCGUGGAGGAGUUGCGGCUGCAUCUGGACAGGAGGUUGACUGUCAUGCGUAGACCUAUCCCAGUGGAGAAACGCCUAGCCAUCACCCUAUGGAGGCUGGCUACCCCUUGCGUCUACAGGACCACAGCAGAGCAGUUCGGGGUAGGCUGCUCUACGGCGGCACAAAUAGUCCUGGAGGUGUGCUUUGCCAUGGAAGUGACCCUCCUAGCUCGUACAGUCAAGAUUGGGAACGUGGCAGAGAUCAUGCAUGGUUUUGGGGAGCUGGGGUUCCCUCAUUGUGUGGGCGCGGUGGAUGGCAGCCAUAUUCCUCUCCAAUCUCCGAUACACCAAGCCUCAGAAUACAUAAACAGGAAGGAUGAGUACUCCAUGAUUCUGCAGGGGACCUGCGACCACAAGGGGCGGUUCAUCAAUGUGGAAAUAGGAUGGAGCGGCAAGAACCAUGAUGCCUAUGUCUUUGCCAACUCAGGCCUCUGUGAGACGAUGGAUGCAGGUGUCUUCGUGCCUACCCAUCCAACAAUCAUUGCACGGCCAGCAGAUUCCACCCCUCAUUAUUGCGGAUGGCGCGUACCCUUUGCGGCUUCAACGUGCCCGCCUCCGGGCUGUGUGCCAGGAGGAGCCUGUUGCAGCUGAGGAGGAGCAGCACCCAGCAGAGGAGGGCAGUGGGGAGGGAGGCCCCCCUCCUGAGGCGGCCCCCCCAGAGCAACCUCCCUGCAGCCCACCCACCGCACCACCUGGUAAGUCCACAGCCCUACCACAAGCAGGGGUUGGUGCUGGUUCCACGCACCUUCUGUUUGGGGGCUUGGGGAAGAGGCUGCAUUCAUUGGAGAGGGAGUGGUGCACAUCAGUCUAGUGGCAUCCAAAUGAACACGUAUGUGGCCUCCUCCCUGCCAGGUUGUGCACCAUUCCACCUGCCCACCCACUCCCUCACUACAGUUCUGGUUGUGCACUCCCCACUCCCAUCCCUCACCUCCUCAACACCCCUUCUUUUCUGUGACAGGUGA